AUGGCGGAUGCUCGCCGCGAGGCCGACGGCGCGCGCACGGCUUCUGCGGCGCAUCGCAGCCAGCCAGCCUCGAGUCUGCACGGGGUGGGUGGAGCGCCGCGUCGAGACGCGCAUGACACUCGGAGCUUCGCAGACGAUCUCGCGGAGAUCCGGCGCAUGCGGGCGCUGCAAUACAGGGAGCACAAAGAGCAGAGUCAGGCAACGUCGGCGCGGAGUUCUCCCCCUGCCAGGCCCCCGACGGCCGCGGGUGCGGAAGGCCCUGGCGGAGGGACGCGGUCUGAGGCUGCCGCGGCGGAGGCGCUGUGGCGACCAUUCGCGCGAGACCGGAAGCUUGAGGAGGCUGUGCUGCUUCAGGGCGCAGCAGGCGAGACGCGGGGGGACGGCGGAGUGAGCUCAGACGAGCGCCUGCGGUUCUCCCUCCUGGCCGCGAGCCUCGCACGGGCGGCGCGCGAAAGUGGACUCAGCGGACGCAGCGAGAGCUGGCCCACCAGCUGGCAGCCAUUCACGGGCGACGGCAGGCGACUCAGCGAGGAGAGAGAGCGGAAGACGCGGCGCGACGAAGCGACUGGCCUAUCGUCGGCGGAGAGGGGAGACAAGCGCGCGAAGGCUGCUGAGAGGAGAGAGAAGGAGGAGCUGAGGCGUCCUCCCGUGCAGAGACCUGCCGCGGCGAGGGAGAGCAGCGAUUUGAGUCGAGAGAAUCGCACGCGGGGAGACGCUGCGCCCGCGACAAACAAGGAAAGGCCUGAGACGCGCGCAGCAGCGCCCCUGGGUGAAGCAGACGACGUGCUCGUUCUCGGCGAAGGACAUGCAAUGCAGGCGUCCCCCAGCCCGACAGAAGAACGCGGAGACCAUCCCCUUAUUUGGAGCAGCCAGUUCGAUGUCUUGACGUGGAACCUCGAUGGCCUAGAUGAAGUCGCGCUGCGGCCACGGACGGCCGCGGUGGCGGCGACGGUGAAGGCGCUUCGCCCCGCCGUCGUUAUGCUGCAAGAAGUCAUUGGAGACUCGCUCGCGCUGCUGACGCGUCACCUGUCGCCGCUUUACCACCUUUACACGCCCGCGUCUCCACUUCGGGCCGCCGCGUCUGCGCCUGCGGCGUGCGCGGCGCCGGAGGGCUGUCCCUACUUUUGCGUGUUGAUGCUGUGUCGGGAGCAGAUGCUACCGCUUGCAGACUGCGACGGCGCGCGGACGGAGUGGUUUCCGCAGAGCCAGAUGGGGCGUCACAUGCUGGGCGUCGUCGCGGCUCCGAUGAGCUGGCCAGACGACAGACUCCUUUUUCUUACCUCGCACCUCGAGUCGAUGAAGGAAUUCCGCGAAGAGCGCCUGCGGCAGUUUACCCGCUGCAUGCAGGUCAUCACGCGCAGCUUCGCCGGCGUAGCGGACGCUGGCGACGCGCCGGAGGCGCCGAAACCCGCCGAGGCGGGCCGCCGGCCUGCCCCUGCACAGGCGGGGGACGAGCGAGGGGCGUGCGGCGGAGAAGAGAGCCGAGAAGGAGAGAAAGAAAGGAAGGAGGAAAAAGCAGGCGACGAGGCGGCGGCGCUGGGGCCUGCGUACGCGGCGGUGUUUGGCGGCGACACGAACCUGAGAGACUCAGAGCUCGUGGAGGGCGCGGGCGACUCGCAGGAGGGGGGGUGUCGCAAGGGGCGCGUGCAGGGCGAGCAGACAAGCGGAGGGAGGCGGAAGACAGAACCCGCUGCUUCCUCGCGGGUGCCGGCCAGCGUGCGCGACGUCUGGGAAGUUCUGGGGAGACCCAAGGAGUGUAGGUACACCUGGGACAUGUUUCGAAACGACAACAAACAGAUGAAGUGGAAGACGCGGCUUCGUUUCGACAGGCUCUACUGGUGGAGCCCUCGUGCGCCGGCCUCUGAGGCUUUGGUCUCGUCGUCGUCCUGCGCCCCUGCGGCCGGCGACAGGGAGGACGGAAGAGCCGCAAGCGCCGAAAAGGACGCGACGACGCGAAACUGCGCCACUUGGGCACCCGUCUCGCUUCACCUCGUCGGUGUAAAUCGCCUGCCGACCUGCGGGCGGUUCCCCAGUGACCACUUCGGCCUCCUCGCACGGUUCAAGCGCGAAGCGCCGGCGAGUCAAAAGUAG